UGUUUCUUCAGUUCUCUUUCUUUUUCUCUUUAAUUCUUUUCCUUGGUUUAGGUUUGGUUUGUUUUCCUUUUUAGUGUUAAUUAACAAUUAGUGUUUUAAUUCAUUGACAUUUGUGAUCAUGUUUCUAAUUAAAACAUUCUAAUUAACUUAGUGUUUCGAUUAUCUUCUUUUCCAAAGAUUAUCAUCUUUAAAAAUUAAAACAUUUUCUCAAACAAGUGAUAAUCUUUUCCUCUUUUUCUUCAUUUCAGAAUUUGUGUAAAUAAGGUUUGACUUCUCAUCUUUCCUAUUGUCCAUCUUUCUCUCAACAUUUCUUAAGAGUCCUGACCUGAUCUUUUUCUGUUUCUGUUAAUUUAUUCUCUUCCUUAUCUAUUUUUUUUUCUCUCUUCUCUUUCCUUAAUUUGGUUAUAAUUCCUGAUUCCUGGUCAUGGAAUUAUUCUAAUUCGAUUUAACUAGAAAUACAAAAUUACUUCUUGGACUUGUUGUGUGUUUCGCAUCUCUUACUAUAAACCUGGUUUUGGGUUCUCAAGUACCCAUAGAUCUGGUUCUUGUUUUUCUUUUUGGACUCAAUAUAGUGUAACCAUUACAUCAACUUAACCAUUGGAUGUGUUCAACAAAAAAAUUGUGAUACUCUCAAAAGGAUUUAUAUUUAUUGUCAACGGAACAAGGAUUAACAUAUUCUGGUUAAUUUACCGCCACAUUGUGAUUUAUCAUUUAUCUAAUUUCCUCGUUGAUCUUGUUAACAUUUUGGUUUCUUAUAAACAAUUGUCACCUUUAACACAAAUUGCUCAUCCGGAUAGUAAUUGGACAUUUUAUCCACUUCUUUCCUCUCAGCCUCUCACACAUACAUCUCUCAAUGAUACCCAAUUAAGUUUUCUACACACUUUUCUCCCUAAUAAUUAACUGUACACACAAAUUUAACCCACUCACUGAAACAAAAAUCAUGAAUCCUUAUUUUGGUUUAAUGAUUUGGUUGUUAAUUGGCUCAAUGGUCAUCACAUCGGGUAUCAGUGUUGAGCUUAGAGAAGUAAAUGAUAACGAUGGAACAAAUGACGAUAGAAUAUCAUCAUCAUCAUCAGAAGAUGAUAAUCUAGAUCAGCCAUGGCUACAGAUCAAUUUUAUUUCUCCUCAACGUGAAGUUUCCCAAGCAAGUUGGUGGUUUGAUAAUUCAAUUGGCUUCUCUGCUAAAGGAAUGGACCAUUUAUACUUGUUAACCCAACUUCUGAUGAACUGGAUUCAACCACCAGGAAUGCCUCCAGGGUUCAUUAAAGAGGAACUCUUUGAUCACCCUGUGGAACAUGUUAAAGAGAAUCAGUUAAAGAUUUUCACUCACUUUUGGGGUAUAAUACUCACCUCAACCAUAGCAAUAUGUUUGUCUAUCAUUGUGCCAUUAUUAGGUUUUUUACUAUGCUGCUGUUGCUGCAAGAUAUCAUCGAGCAAACAACGUGCCAAACAAACACACAAUCGAGAUCCAACCCUGUACAUCACUUCAUCCUCAUCAAGCUCCGGUUCUCCGGGUCAUCAUGCAAAGAAAAAGAAACCCAAAUACAAGAUUGAUCGUGGACUAGAUCCAUGUUCAAGGUCACUUUGUAGUAUUACACUUUUCACUCUUCUCCUGUUGGUAUCAUUUUUCGUCAUCUGUGCUUUUGUCACCAAUGAAUUUGUUCACAAUGGUAUCAAUCAGUUACCCAAAACGCUUAAUCACAGUUUAGAUGAUAUCAAAUUGUAUCUCAAUAAGACACAAUUUGAGGUAAAUACUUUACUACGAACAAAUUUCCGCCAACUUGAACAAGAACUGGACAAUAGUUUGGAUAAAAGUGGAAUAAUCGUCAAGAAUCGUUUAGCUCAACAUACUAAAGCGAUUGCAUUGGAAAAUUUGACCGCGAUUGUCACAAAAUUGGAUGAAAUUAAUGUCGAACUGAAAGAAUUGUACAAUCAAACGACCCUUUUGGAAUCGGAUGUCAACAGAUUGAAACGUGGACUCGAAAAAAAUCGACAGAAUCUUGAAAAUAUUCUGAAAAACUGUCGCCAUCCAAUUUGUAUUGAUUUGGAAGCCAAGUACCGGCGUAAAUUGCCUCGAUUCCAGAUCUCCAAUAAAUUGGAUAACCUUCCUAACCUGUUCCCCGUUAUUGCAAACAUUUCCGACCUUCUUCAGGCCGGUAUAGUGGGCGAGGUCAGUAAGGGUAAAUCAGCAUUCGACCGGAUUAGCCAAGAGAUACAGAAUGCUGUUAAUGGGUCAAUUCCCGAAAUUAAAAAUCAAAUACGUUUGGUUGGUCGUGAUUUAUCAGCCACUGCCGAUGAAUUAAAUGGGUUGCUUAGUUUACCUUCAGAAGAUAUUGAAAAGGGUAAACGAGAAAUUAACCUUGGAUCACAAUUUUUGAUAAAAUAUGAUGUUUAUCGUAAUUUGGGCUGCCUUGGGGGCACAGCGAUUAUUUUCACCAUCAUGUUGGCCUAUUCUAUUGGCUUACUCUGUGGGGUUUGUAAAAAACAGCCCACUUAUCAUGAGUAUCGAAGUCGUCGAAUCAAGCCAGUCACAUCUUGUCCUUUUCGAUUUGGUAUCUUUCAUGUUUUCCUUUUGUUUGCUGGUCUUAUGAUUUCCACCAUAAUCUUAUUCAUUACUGGAUCAGUUGUCGAUCGUGUUGGCUGUUAUUAUCUUGAGCAUCCAGAGGAACCACAGACUCGACAAUUAAUUGCAAUCCUUCAGAAAAAAUUGGAUGAUGGAUCAAUGUUCAAAUCAAAUUCUGAUCAUGUUGCCCUUCUCAAAGGAAUUAAACCAAAUCUUGCCGAUGUAAUUACUCGAUGUCAUCAGAAUUCCAGUUUAUAUAAUGUCCUUCAACCCAGUAAAUACAAUUCCAUCCAAUUGCAUAACAAUAAGAUCAUCGUUGGAUUUAAUAUCAGUAAUAUACUUGAGUUCAAAGGACGAUACAAGAUCGAAACUGGUCUAAGAAGACUUCUGGCUAAUGUGAACUUUGACCCAUCGUCAAUCGUCAUCCUUACUCAACGAGCUAUCCUGCUUCUGGAAAGGCUAAGAGAGACCAACCUGGAUAGUCUUAAUUUUUCAUCGUUUUCCAAUUUAAUGUAUCAAAAGGUGAUUCCAUUGGAUUUGCAUAAUAUUUCCCAAGAGAUCGCCCAAGAAGCCAAAAAACUGCCCCCCUCGCACUUUAAUUUCAGCUCAGAGCUCCAAGAUGUCGCUUUCUUGCUGGAGGGUUAUCAUAAUAGACUAUUGAAAGAGAUUCAAGAAUCGUUGAUUAAAUUGAAUAAAGCAGCUCAACGGAUUAAAGAUAAAUCAUCAUUUGGAUCUCGAGGACUUCGAGAGGCCCUUACGAUACUUUUAAAGCAAGCAAAAAGUGCACAGAGUUUAAUUGAACAGCGAGGUAAAAAUGUAAUCAAGGAAGAUGCUGAACACUUUAUUAAUGAUUUAGGUUCUCUCAUUGAUCAAUAUGCUCAACAUGUUGUUGAUGAGGUUGAGAAUCGAUUGGGUAAAUGUGAACCCGUUAGUCGUGCAAUCAACGCAACAACUAUUGGUAUUUGUAAAGAGAUUGUUUUACCAUUUAAUGGAUACUGGUUCAGUAUGGGCUCAGCGAUUCUCCUAUUAUUGCCCGCUACAAUCUGCGCAUCAAUAUUGGCCAGACUAUUUCGUAAACUGAAAAGACCUCAAGCCCGUCGUCAUGCUGAUGCAGAUUCUGAUCUGACUUUGGAAAAUUUUGACGAAGACGACAUUCCUCUCGCUCAGGUCGUUAAACAAACCGAUUUACCAUUUGAGGCUCGGCGAAACCCACCAAUGUACCAAAAUUCAUCAGCACCCAGUGCUCCUCAUUCCGAAGAAAAUUGGAUAACCUCAGCAACAUCCCCACCGCACAUGUAUACUCGUCCUCCACCCUACAAUUUUCACAAUUAAUCCAAACCAAAUCAACUCUUAGAGUUCGUAAAUUGUCAAAAGAAAAAACAAAAAACUCAACUAAGAAAACAAAAGAGAAAACAAUUGACAGAAAAUCUCGCCAAUUCUAAUGUACCUCCUUUAUCAUUUCACCCAAUUCAUUAAUGAUCCUUAAUUAAUUACCUUAGUUCUCUCUUUAUGUCUUUUUUUCACUUCUUUUUUCACUCUCUAUUUAAUAUCAUUUUCAUUAUAUUCAUUUAAUCUCAUUGUAAACUCUUAUGGACUUAUGGUUGGCGAAAAGUGUAUAAAUAAAACGAGAGAAAAUGUAAUGUGAUUUAA